ACCACGUUUAAACCGAACACCUCAACUGAAACCCGCGAAAACCUCUCUCUCUCUCGCUACAAUCCCAUCUCUCUCGUUCGUUCUCUCUCUAACGCAUCUCUCUCUGUAGGUUCUCUCUCGAGCCCUCCAUCUACACUGAUGAUGCCAUGCAUGACCCACCGCCACCUGCCGUUGACUCCUCCCCCACAGCAGCGCCGUCGGCGAGUCUCAAGGCAAAGUUGAGGAAGAUUCCUCCCAUUCCCGUUCGGCGAAACCCUAGAGACGACUCUGUUGACGAUAAGGAGGAGGAGGGCGAUGGAGAGAGUGAAAACGACGACGUUUCCGAUGAUGAUUCCGAAUUCAUUCUGGCUUCCUCCCUAGGCCUCAAUCAGAUUCGGACUCGCUCCAGUCCUUCGCCUCUUCGGUUCACCUCUCUGGCCGGUGAGCCUCCGAACCUUGGGAAUGAUGCCAAGAAGAAUAAGGAUGGAGCCGAAGCUCGCCCGAAAAGGACGAGUCCUCUGUGCCGGGCAACCUCUAUGGAGCAUAGUCAAGGUAAAAAGAUAUCAUGGAUUCAACCAAAAUCUUUUAGAGUGCCAUCACCACUUAAUCCAGGAUUGGAGGCUCAUCAUGCAAUUCUUGCCAAAGAAAUUCAAUCUCCUCGUUUUCAAGCUAUAUUGCGAGUCACAAGUGGGCGUAGGAAAAGAACCUCAGAUAUUAAGAGCUUCUCUCAUGAACUCAACUCUAAAGGAGUGCGGGCUUUUCCAUUCUGGAAGUCUCGUGCAGUUGGCCAUAUGGAGGAGAUUAUGGUUGUGAUCAGGGCAAAAUUUGACAGAUUAAAGGAAGAAGUUAAUUCUGAUUUAGGCAUAUUUGCUGGAGAUUUGGUGGGCAUACUUGAAAAAACUGCAGAAACUAAACCUGAAUGGAAAGAGGGUUUAGAGGACUUGUUAAUUGUAGCCCGGCACUGUGCAAAGAUGCCACCAAAUGAAUUUUGGUUGAAGUGUGAAGGCAUUGUUCAGAAUUUAGAUGAUCGGCGUCAGGAGCUGCCAAUGGGCACUCUCAAGCAAGCCCACACUCGCCUUCUUUUUAUCCUUACUCGAUGCACUCGCCUUGUGCAGUUCCAUAAAGAGAGUGGUUAUGAAGAAGAUCACAUUCUGGGUCUUCAUCAACUCAGUGAUCUUGGAAUCUAUUCGGAGCAUAUACUUGGGGCCAUGCAGCAUGAAAGUGGUGGUCCUGUGGAUGUGAAUGAGAAGCAGUCAAAGAAGUCACAUGCCCAGGAACACAGCAGUUUGGAUCCAAAGCAAGAUCAAGUAGAUCAUGAUUUAGAUAGUGGAGUGGAAGAUCAUGAAGUUGGCACUGCCAAAAGUGCUGAUUCAAUUACAAGCAGCUACAAAAUGUCAUCUUGGAAGAAAUAUCCAUCUGCAGCAGAGAAAAACCACAGGAAAGGCAAUGAGGCUGUUGAUAUGACCUCCAAGGUUAAACUAGAUCCCUUGCCAGUUAAAGAUGAAAACAAAACUGGUAUCAAUGAUAAUACUGGAAAUAUGGUUACUCCAUCCUGCCUUUCUGAAAAUGCAGAGGCAACCUCGAAAGUACACAGAGUUUCUUGGGGAUGCUGGAGUGAUCAACAACAAAUAACAGAUGAAAAUUCAAUGAUCUGUCGUAUUUGUGAGGUUGAAAUACCGACUGUGCAUGUAGAGGAUCACUCCAGAAUAUGUACAAUCGCGGAUAGAUGUGACUUAAAAGGAUUAACUGUAAAUGAAAGGCUUGAAAGGGUUGCAGAGACUCUUGAAAGGAUACUGGAAUGUUGGACACCAAAAAGCACUGACACUUCAGGAGGAAGUCCUGAUAUUGUGAGAGUGUCUAUAUCAAGUGUGUCUGAAGAGUUAGAUGAUUUUUCCCCUAAAAAAAACACCUUGUCUCGAUCAUGCUCUACGGACAUGCUUGAUUGUAUAAAUGAAGCUGAUAAUGAGUUUGUCAUGGACGAUCUUAAUGUUUUGCCUGAAAUGUCAUGUGAUACUCGCUCUUUUCUGACAACUGAUCAAGGUACCAGAGCUUCAUCAUCUGGAAGCUUAACACCACGAUCACCAUUAUUGACACCACGUACCAACCAGAUUGAAUUGCUUUUGAGUGGACGGAGAACAAUCUCAGAGCAUGAAAAUUUUCAGCAGAUAAGCAAGCUACUGGAUAUUGCUCGUUCAGUUGUCACUGUUAAUUCAAAUGAUUAUAGUGCUUUGGAGUAUAUGCUUGAUCGUCUAGAAGACCUAAAAUAUGCAAUCCAGUAUAGAAAAGUGGAUGCCCUUAUUGUUCAGACUUUUGGGAGGCGUAUAGAAAAACUACUACAUUUACAUGUUUGUGAACUAUGCAGGGAGAAAUAUGUUCAUCUUUGUGGACAGAUAGAAGAUGAAAAGAUAGAUUCAUCUAAUACCAUGGCUGAUGAAGACAGUCCAGUGGAAGAUGAUGCUGUUCGCAGUUUGCGUGCUAGCCCCAUCAAUCCAUCUUGUAAGGAUCGAACAUCUAUAGAAGAUUUUGAAAUAUUGAAACCAAUCAGUAGAGGAGCAUUUGGACGAGUGUUCCUUGCCAGAAAAAGAGCAACUGGUGACUUGUUUGCAAUAAAGGUUUUAAAAAAAGCUGAUAUGAUUCGUAAAAAUGCAGUUGAAAGCAUUUUGGCAGAACGUAACAUCCUAAUAUCAGCCCGCAAUCCUUUUGUGGUCCGAUUUUUCUACUCCUUCACAUGCAGGGAAAACCUUUAUCUGGUGAUGGAAUACUUAAAUGGAGGAGAUCUUUACUCUUUGUUGAAAAAUCUUGGCUGCUUAGAUGAAGACAUGGCACGUGCGUAUAUUGCGGAAGUUGUUCUUGCUUUGGAGUAUUUGCAUUCCUUAAACGUGAUUCAUAGAGAUUUGAAGCCCGACAACUUAUUGAUUGGUCAUGAUGGCCACAUCAAGUUGACAGAUUUUGGGCUUUCUAAGGUUGGUCUUAUCAACAGCACCGAGGACUUAUCAGGUCCUUCAGUACUGCUUGGACAUGAUGAACCAAAUACCACUGUACAAAAACCAUUGAAAAGAGAACAGCGUCAAAAGCAUUCAGUUGCUGGAACCCCUGAUUAUUUGGCACCUGAGAUACUUCUUGGCAUGGGACAUGGCACAACAGCAGAUUGGUGGUCUGUUGGGGUUAUUCUUUUUGAGCUGCUUGUAGGUAUUCCACCAUUCAAUGCAGCAAAUCCACAGAAAAUUUUCGACAAUAUUAUGAAUAGAGAUAUACCCUGGCCGAAAGUACCUGAGGAAAUGAGCUUUGAAGCACAUGAUUUAAUUGAAAAAUUGCUGAUUGAAAAUCCAUUUCAAAGGCUCGGAGCUACAGGGGCUAGUGAGGUGAAGAAACAUGUGUUCUUCAAAGGCAUUAAUUGGGACACAUUUGCAAGGCAGAAGGCUAUGUUCAUACCAUCGGCAGAAAGUGCAUAUGACACAAGUUAUUUCAUGAGCCGAUACAUAUGGAAUCCUGAGGAUGAGCAUGUCCAUGGAGAAAGUGACUGUGAAGACACGACUGAAACAUGCAGUGGUACAUGCAGCAGCGGUUCAUUCAGCAAUGUACAGGAUGAAGAGGGGGAUGAGUGUGGUAAUUUGGCAGACUUUAGUGCUCCAAACCUUGCUGUCAAUUACUCAUUUAGUAAUUUCUCUUUCAAGAACUUGUCUCAACUGGCUUCCAUCAAUUACGAUUUGCUUGUGAAGACUUUUAAGGAUUCACCAGAAACGUCCAGAUCGUCCAAUCCAUGAGAAACUCUCCCUUCUGUCAGCUUAAUCUGUGAUUACCAGUCUUCUAUCGAAUUCUUUGACGAGGAGGGAAAGUUUUUAAUCUAUAAAGGAAUUUGAGAAUAGGCUCAGCUGGUACAAUAUGGAUUCCAUUUCUGAACUAGAAGUCAUUUGACUUCUUGUUACAGAGUGAAAAGAUGGGCUAUCUAUACCUUGUGGGAGAGAUCUUGUGCAUGCCAAUCAGAUAAGAUUGAUCUCAAACUGUUGAAAGCCUGGGAUAAAUUUGCUCUUACUUUGUUUAUAAUCUUCAUAAUUAGAAUUGUCAUUUUAUUGCAAUAGAAGAACACUAUUUAUUCUACUUCCUCUGCAAGUUCCCUUUGUACAUAUACACACUCUUUUCAAUAGAUGUAAUUUUCUACUCCCUCAGUUGAAUUCCUUCCUGUAGCAAGUUGUAAAUUAUGCUUUAUGGAACCAACUUUCAUCAA